CAGUGGCUGCCACGGCACAGAGGCGGGCGCGUGCUCCCGUUCGAGCGGUUCGCGAACACGAUGACCGGAAACGGGCGCGAAGUCAUGACAGAAAAUCAGCGCCGAUCGCGGCGAGAUUAAAAUCGUAGAAACUACGAACCUUCCUCUGUCGAACCCUGUGCGGCGCUCUUCGAUAUAUCUCGAGUAAUUCGAUGAAAAAAUCUGAUAUCGCGCAUCGGCCACGUUCAGACGUUGGAUAAAAUGUGAUCGGCUGCCAACGGUUCGGUGACUCUCGAAUAGCUUGGCAGACGAGUCGGGGUCGAGUUUCGCGUGUCUCGACUAACUGUGCCGGAAGAAAUGUAUAGGAAGAAUCAAACAGGUGGACGGAAAAUCCGAAGGGUCUUACGGUGCCCGAACGUUCGCGGUUGUAUUUCGUCGGACGUCGUUUAGAAUUGCUCGGGGUAAAGGAGUGUCUCCGCAGAGAGCCGAGUGCCGGAGUUCCGUAAACAGAACCGAGGCCCGGCGGAUUUCCGUUGCUUUCGCACAGUAGCGUCGAUCGCCUGGCAUCCGGUGUGGGCGCGAACGUAUCGCGUUGCCAGCCUGCAAUGCGACGGGCCGAGAUACGGAUCCGUCGAGGACCGAGCCGCGGGACGCGUGACCAUUCCGCCGACCCUAACCGCUUAGAGCCAGCGCGGACGUCCGAGGCGUAACGGGGAAACGUGGCCGGGUAACCGCAGCGCGAACGGCGCCAACGAUGAAGUCAUGAAGCUUUUGUUGCUCGCACUGCUCGGCGUGGUGUGCUCGGCCGAUUACGAGCCGCGGGACAGGUGGCCGUCGGUCCUCGCCCGGUCUAGAGAUGAUCCGGAGCUGGAGACCGCUUUCGAUCUCCUGGAACGAUCGAAUCUCGCGAGGAGCUUCCACAAGAUAGAGCUGCGCGGCGACGGUAGCAGAGUCAGCGAUGAGAGGAUACGGUCCAGGGCUCGCCAGAGCCUGUUACGCUUCGAGAACCCGGAGACUCAUCAUCCCAUACGCCACGGCCGGAGACAGUUCCGAUCCAUGGACCUGAACUCUCACGAGCCAGUCAUCUGGCCCGUGAAGAAGGAGGCUGUCGUCGAGGGCGACCUCGUGCUAGGUGGACUGAUGAUGGUGCACGAGAGGGAGGAGACCUUCGUCACCUGCGGCCCCGUCAUGCCACAGGGUGGCGUCCAAGCCCUCGAGGCCAUGCUUUACACCCUGGAUAAGCUGAACGAGGGGGAGGGCAUUGUGCCAGGUGUCAAGAUUGGCGCGCACAUCCUCGACGACUGCGAUAAGGACACCUACGGGUUAGAGAUGGCGGUGGAUUUCAUAAAGGGUGAGUACCGGCUGAUCUUGCCAUGCUUUCUUGGGGGUGCUGGGAUGGAAUGGGCGAAGCAACGAUGGAUUGGAAACGAGUGGAACAUGAGGGUGUUUGCAGGAUUUUUCGAAUCGUUGCACAGCGGUCUGGGUGGCUAUAAUUUCUGA